UGUCAUGUCACAUGACGAGUCAUGUGACAGUGAAAUACUAGAAGCUGUUGUCUCUGACUCUGUUCUGUAUUCUUACUCAGCUCGGAUUCUUCAUACUGGAGUCACUCUCUAACGAGGUUGCCCAGAAUGCUGUCUUUGGUCAUAAUCGCAGGCCUACUUGCCUUUACCUCUGGUAAACCAUGUGAUACUGAAGCCAACCGUGAGCUGUACCUGUCACUCAAUAAGAAUCUCCUUCACUCUCUGGAGACGACGGAAGGACUCCCCAAUCCUAGUGUUCACUUGGCAUUACGGCUUUCUAAUUACCACAACCUCGCCAAAGAGAGCGAACACCUGAAUAGACUGAAAAAUUAUUUGCACAAUGACAUUCAAAGCUCUCUCACUAACAGCCAAUCUGUGGUCGGCCUCAUGGCGCUGUACACUUUGGCUUUGAAGUCCUCCUGCUACGACCACAACACAAUCACCUUCACCGUCAUUGAGAAGAGUGAAACGCUGUUGACACACCUGAAGAAGCAGAUGGAACAAGAAAAAGAGCAUAUUGCCUUCAGCCAUCGCCCUUUGACCAACUAUUACCAGUACUCUCUGGGUGUGCUCGCUCUUUGCGUGAGCGGCAUCAGGGUCAACAACCAUGUCAGCAACAAGCUCAUCAAGGCAGUAGAACAUGAGCACUUCGAACAUGGAGACUCUGAGAGUAUUGAUACCUAUGCCAUGGCUGGAAUGGCACUCCAGUGUGUGAAGAAUGCUGGUUCUCAUGUGCAGAAUGCUGCUGAGCUCGACACUGCCCUUAGCAAGAUCAAGCAGAAGCUCUUGGCAUCUAGUAGGACAGACGGUCACAUUGGCAAUGAGUUCAGCACAGGCCUCGCAGUUCAAGCCUUAUUGGCGAUGGGCAGCCCAGUUGCAGAGUGUGCCGCCUCAAUGGAGGCCAUGAGGACAAGCGCCAGAAACAACAUAUACCACAACCCCAUGUCCAUAUCUCAGAUCCUGCCAGCGCUCCAGCAGAAAUCCUACCUAGCAGUUGAAAGCAUGGACUGCCUCAAUGAGAGUGACACUCUAGUGCUGGAGCCCAUUGAUCCUGUGGUGGUUUUACCUAGCCAGACCAAAGUGACUUUGAUGGUGGAGGUGGUGACGUCCAGCGGGGCAGCUGCUGUUUACUCUGUGGAUGUGCCAAAGGACAGCUCUCUGUUGGACGCCCUUGAACUUCUCAAGACAAGAUAUGAUAGCUUCAAGUUUGAGACAGAAUCCAGCCUGUGGGGACCUUUCCUAAGUGUGGUGAAUGGAGAGCAGGCCAGACAGAGCGACCGCAGAUACUGGCACCUCUCCUCUGAUGGCACUGCACUCAGUCAGGGUGUCAGUGAUUUCAAGAUCGAGGCGGCUCAAAAGAUCACCAUCAAAAACACAAGCUACUGAGAGUCAGUCACUGCAGAUGCAAAAGUGAUUGAUGAGGAUCAAAAGCAGUUCAAUCCUUUUUCUAUUCUUUGUUGUUUUAACCAGUGAUUAUACUUAAAUUGUCUGAUGCUAUAAAUGGUCAUAGUGGUUUCACUGAAUUUUUUCAUUUCAAGUAGGUUUGAAGCUUAAAAGUAUAAUUUAGAACUAAUUGAACAGACUUUGCAAUGUAAAUUAAAAAGCUUUGGAUUGUAAAAUGAGUGUGAAAUGUUUAUUCAAAUGUCUUACAAAGAGUGAUUGUGCUUUUUUUAAACAAUUAAAAAAAAACAGUUGUGAUGGCUGUU